AUGGUGAAAUUAUCCAAUUUAAAGAAGACUAUUUUAAUUUUGGGUUGCAUUGGAAUGAGUAAUGCCUUAACGGUUUUUCAUUUAACUAACCCAUUUGAUUUAUUACAAGGUUUGAGCCAUGUUAAGCUCGAAAGAACUUCAGAAUUACCAGUUUCUCAUAAGACUUUGAGAUUUCUGCAAGAAAAGAUUAAGUCAUUUUCUGUUGACGGAGAUAAUGUAGCAAAAGAAGCCAUUCAGGGUAUUAGUUCAACUACAGGAGUCAAUUUUAAGAAUUCUCCUUUAUCUCAAGAAGCUUUUAAAUUACAAAGCAAUACACUGUUUGCAGAGGCUGCUGAGAAGAGAAAAGUUGCCAAAUACUUACAGGAUCAAAGCGGAAUUACUGAGAGUGAGCUAACACAUGCUGAAAUAGAUCCAGAUAAAAAUCCAGAAAAGGCUGCUGCCAUUACAAAUAUGAAACGUGCCAAAGUACUACUUGCCCAGGCUUAUAUUUUAGAAGAGGAAGCUAAAAGAAUGCAGUUGGCUUCAACUAGAAGUGGAAAUAAUGAAAGCUUUAAAUGCGAUAUUCUCAAAAUUGGGCCUCUUGCAUUUGCUCCAAAUAGCGAAGAAAUUACUGACAUUAUGGAUGGGUCUCUUGGAUUCUUGAAUGGCAAUAUGCUGACAAUAUAUUACAAUUCGGUUCCUAAAGCAUCCUUUUCAUUAGAAAGCAUUGAAUUGCCAGUUCAUAAUGUUGAUGCUGCUCCAGGGUGUAUUGGUUUUAAAUAUCAUGGAACAGAUCAAAUUAUUUGUGCUACUGGGAAAGAUAGUCAAUCCGCAUGGAUUAAUGCAAUCACAGAAGCUUGGUUUUGCAGAAAUUUGGGUUUGGCAGGAACUUUGCCUUCUAUUUCUGACACUAAAGAAGAACAAAAAGAUGAUGAAAAUGAAAAUGAAGAUGAAGAAACUGAAGAAAAUGAUCCAAAUGAUAAAAAGAAACAGGAAGAAAACCGAAAGAAACAAGAAGAAAAUAAAAAGAAAAACAAAUCUACAAGAUUGACAAGAUCUUCAGUAAAAACAUUCACUGUUGAAUUAGAAGAUGGAAAGCCAAAAAUCACACAAAACUAG